AUGGCAAAGAACGUGCCAAGUUUCUCGAAGACCCAGAGCUCUAUCACAUCGUUCUUUGGUGCGACUGGAGCAUUGACAACGUCAGUGAAAAAGCGCAAAUAUAGAGAUGACGAGAAAGAGUUGGUAGGGAAUUCUACCAGAUUAUCUACGACAAGAACAAAGAAAAUGAAAGACAAACCUACCGAUAAGAACGAGAAAAGAGAAGCAAAGAAGAAAGAAGAAGAAGAAGAAGAGAAGGAGGACGUUGAGGUACAAGAUACGGAAGAAAUAGAAGAAGAAGACGAAGAGAAGAUUGUAAAGAGCACGACAAAGCCUGGUCGUCAUCGUUUGCGACAAUGUGUCGUGGAGGAAGAGGAGGAGGAAGAUAGCGACGGAGAUCUGCCCAUGAACACAAAAGAAGACAAGAACAAGCAGAAGAAGGUGAUUGACAUGACGUCAUUAGUAUCAACUACAGACAUUGUUGCGAAGAAAGUGAAGACGACCGUGGAAGUCAACAAAAGUGUAAAGAAGAAGGAUGCAAAGGACGAGGAACAAGAGGUUCAAGACGCUCCAAUGACAAAAAGUAUCGUAAAGAAGAACGAGACAACAGCAGUAAAGACUGCUUUCUUUACUCCUGUCUCAAGUAAGGCUACGAUGACCCCAACUAAACAGGCAACAAACAACAACAAGAACGAAAAUAGCGGUGCUGUUCAAAAGCAAGAAGAAAGAAGCGACAAUCCUCGAAAGACGCCGUAUUGCGCUCUUGCGCACUUGUUUGCAAAGAUUGAAGAAGUUUCUGGCCGCCUUGUUAUCCAGGAUCUCCUGACAGCGUUCUUCCGCGAUGUCAUUCUUCGGUCGCCGGACGAUCUCAUAGCUUGCAUCUAUCUCUGCGUUUGUGUGGACCUGGCACCACCUUUUGAAAAUCUUAAGAUUGGUAUUGGUGAUGCCAUUCUCAUAAAAGCUAUUGGUGAGGCAACGGGUGUGAACCUCAAGUUUAUUAAGGAAAUGUACCACAAAGAGGGCGAUCUUGGCAAGGUUGCGCAAAAUGCGCGCUCAAAGCAAAAGACGCUGUCAUUUACAUCUCUUACUCCAACUUCUUCCAACGGUAAUGGACUCACUGUUCAGUAUGUGUACAACCAGUUCGUCAAGAUUUCCAAGAUGGCUGGUAACAACUCGCAACAGCAAAAGUGCUCGAUUAUCAAGGGCUUGUUAGUAAAAUGUGAGAAGGAAAAGACGUCCCGAGACAAGGAUGCACAGUCAGCUGAAGGAGCAAAGUACAUUAUUCGUGGACUGCAGGGUAAGCUUCGUAUUGGACUGGCAGAAAAGUCGAUUUUAAUGGGCUUGACAUACGCGUUCAUGACGGACGAGGAUUACAAAGAUAAAGAUAAACAACAGGAGGCUUUGACAUUCGUCAAGAAGGCUUUUGCGGAAUGUCCUAGCUAUAACGCACUGGUUGCAGCGUUUUGUGAUGUUCAAAAGGAAGUUUCUUCUGCUCCUUUUCUUCACGUGAAGGACUUCAGAAAGGUUGCUGAGAAGUGUGUGUUGACACCAGGUACGCCAGUAUCUCCCAUGCUUGCUCGUCCCACCAAGGCGUAUGCGAUGGUAUUUGAUCGCUUUGAGGGCAAACCUUUUACUUGCGAGUACAAGUAUGACGGGGAGCGCGCACAGAUCCACAUACUUUCCAACGGAGAAAUGGCUAUUUUCUCGCGCAACUUUGAGAACUCAACAGAGCGGUUCCCUGAUGUUAAGCUGGCAAUCUCAAAAGCUGCUAAGGUUGGUGUCGUCGAGAGCUGUAUCGUUGAUGCAGAGGUGGUUGCCAUUGACCGUGCUACAAAUAAGCGCCUGCCUUUUCAGAUUCUCAGUACGCGUUCUCGAAAGAAUGUCAAAGUGGAAGAUAUCAAGGUUCCUGUGUGCAUCUACGCAUUUGACUUGCUGUUUCUCAACGGCAAAUCAUUUCUCAGUACGCCACUAGCGAAACGCCGCGAAAAACUUCGUGAGAUGUUUGAGGUGAAUCCUGGCAACUUUGAAUUUGCGACAUCAUUAGAUGUCGAGGAUGGUGUUGAUGUAAAAGAUAACCCCGAGGCGAUGGAAGAAGCUGUGGACAAGGUCCGAAACUUUUUGGCGGAGGCUGUGCGCGAAAACUGCGAAGGCCUGAUGGUGAAGACUCUCAAGAAAGAAGCAACAUACGAGCCUGCCAAUCGUUCUCAUAAGUGGUUAAAGCUGAAGAAAGAUUAUCUUGAUGGCAUCGGUGACUCAGUUGAUCUGGUUCCGAUUGGUGCGUUUCAUGGGCGUGGCAAGCGUACUGGUGUGUAUGGUGCAUAUCUGCUGGCUUGCUAUGACCCGGGCACGGAAAUGUACCAACCUAUUACAAAGCUGGGUACUGGCUUGUCUGAUGAAGUGCUGAAGAAGUUUUAUGAUGAACUAAAGGAAAAGGUCGUGGAUACGCCUCCAAGCGACUAUGCUAUUGGUGAAGGAAACAAGCCUGAUGUUUGGUUCGAGGCAAGUUGUGUGUGGGAAAUUCUGGGCGCAGAUCUAUCCAUCUCGCCAAAGUACACGGCAGCCAUCGGUCUGGUUGCCAAGGAUAAGGGCAUUUCACUGCGGUUUCCCCGCUUCCUUCGCAUCCGUGAUGACAAGAUGACAACGCAGGCAACCAACUCGUCUCAGAUUGCCGACCUGUACAAAGCCCAGGGUCUGACUACUGUAACCAAUGGUGAAGAUGACGAAUGUGAGGGUGAGGAUAUGCUUAUCUAG